AUGGAUGCCCUGAGUAAAAACCGUAGCUGUGUCUCCUAUGGAUCCAAUGCUCUGACUGAGGGACUGGAGCAUCUUCAGGGCUUAAUCUUGGAAGAUGGCCGCAAUGGCACGAUCCAGUGUCCUCACAAUCAGUGCUGUUUUGGCAUCUGGGACCUGAACCAAGGACAACUUCAAGCCAAGGUGCAAGAAUAUAUAGAGAAUGAUGAUCCUCUUGAGCUUCUCCACGAAGGGCAGCUUUCUAAACUGUGGCAAGGAACCUUCGGCCAGCAACCUGUGGCCAUCAAGGCCUUUCCUCCUUUGUGCCAUCAACAAUUUGCAUCUGAGUGGGCCAUGUACAGCCUCCCAUUGAUGAACCACGAAAAUGUGGGACGACUUGUGACUGCUGGAUAUGGAGGACCAAGUGAAGAACGUUGUGGUCUCCUGGUACUGACACUGUGUCCAUUGGGAUCCCUACGGAACUUCCUCAGCCAUCACAUUUGUUCCUGGGAGAUCAGCAUCCGGCUCGGAUCAUCCCUUGCCAGUGGCCUUGCUUUCUUACAUGAAGAGAAACGGGAGGAAGGCCUGCAUAAACCCGGGGUGGCCCAUCGUGACCUCAGUAGCCAGAAUGUGCUGGUGCGGGAAGAUAGGACUUGCGUCAUAACGGAUUUUGGCUUUGCUAUGACCCUCCCUCUGCGACACGAGCAGUCACGAAAAGGUCCUGCAGAAGCCAUUGUGCACAAGGUAGGAGCUCAACGCUAUGUAGCUCCUGAAAUUUUGGAUGAGAAUUUGAAUCUGCAGGAUGUGGGCUCUGCACUGAGGCAAGCGGAUGUCUAUUCCAUGGCACUGGUACUGUGGGAAAUCCUGAUGAGAUGCUCUGCACUUUUCCCAG